AUGAUCCUAAAAGAAUAUUGCAAAAAUUAAAGGAUAGAAAAGCUUUCUUGGAGAAAGUAAUCUGAGAUGGGCAACAUGAGAAUAUUAUUCAAAAAUAAUAAAGAUAAGCUAAGCUAUAAAUUCGUGAAGAAACACUGUGUUGAUAAGAAGAGCUUUAAAGACUUGGAAGAGAUCUUUAUUUACGAAUUAGAUGAGCCACUUAGCAUUUUAUCUAAAAUUUUGAGCUUACCAAGCACUCUUAACUCUUUAAUGAAAGUAGAUAAUAAGGUCAUUGGUAUUGCUUACUCACCUCAUAAUGCUGCUGGGCAUUGCAUUGUUGUAAUAAUGACUGAUAAAAUAAAAGUACUUAUUUUUGCUUUCGUAAAAUAUAUGUUUUAGGAAAACUUGCAGAAAGUGAUGAUAGUUUAGAAAGCAGUACAAUAAAGAGAUUUAACAGCAUUACAGUCUCAAUGCAUUAAACAGCCGGAAUAGUCACCCAAUGUAUUUCAGAAAUCUUAAAUUUCUAUAAUUUAGGAAAUAGAAGACAAAGGAUUAGAGUAGAUAGCAAGCUAUAUGAUAUUUGGAAGAUCUUAAAGGCUAAAGUCAUUUGAACUUGUUGACCUAAUAUAGUAAAGAGAUCAAGAAGGAUAGAUUGAUUGCCAAUAGUUUAAAGAUUUCAUGAUGAAGAAUUAGGUAAUUACUUCAGAGUAUAUUAUUAAUUAAGUCAUUGAGAGAUUGAAAUAGAAAAAAUAACCGAAGAAGUUAUUAGCAAAGAAGUUUGAUUAAGUUAUCCGCCCUUAUAUUAAUAGAUUUCUCAAGCACGAUGAAAUUAAAAUAACACUAAUGAAUGUUAAAAAGAGGAUAUUUGAAAUGGAAUUUACCCUGAGCAAUUUCUUUGUGCUAUGCCAAAUAAAUAACUCUCAAGAACUGUCACUUAAUCGAAAUUACUCCACCAAUUAAUCUUAAAGAAGAUUAGUCAGUCCUAGUGUUAAGACAUUUAAUACUACUGAAACUAACUAAAGAUACAGAGAAUAUAUCAAGAUAGAUUAACUAUUUAAGGGAUUAUACUCAAUCGGAUAUCAAAUUCCGCUAGGAGAAUUCAAUCAGAUGAUUGCUGCCUUCAGAGUAACUAAAGGUAAAUUCUUAGACAGAGAAGAUUUCCUACGAACAAUGAACUAAAUAAUUAUUAAUGCAGUAAUACCAAAAAAGUAAUAGAAUGUAGAUUAAAUCGGUGAUUAUUUAAAUAGUUAGAAUGGUAUAAGCAAUCUUAGAUAGACUAAAACAGCAGAGGGUAAAGGUAAUGAUGAGAAUGAGGGAAAUAGAUCAGUUGUUAUAACUCCAUUUAAAUAUAAUCAAAGCAAUAGUAAUUUAUCAAAUAAUGGAAAAUAAUCAGCGAUAAUGAUAGGAGACUAUGAUGAUACUUUGCUCAACAAUAUUAAUGGAAACCUAUCGCUUUAGCAAUUGAUUUAGAAAAAAACAAGACAAUCUAAUACAGGAAGACCUUAAACAGCCAUUAAAAAAGGUGAGAGUAAAACUUCUAAUGAGAUAAAGCAAGAUCAAUAUCUUAGUGAAAAUAAAACUAAACUAUCCACCAAAACUAACAGACAUGAUCACAUAUCUGAAAUUAAUUAUGGAUUUAUGGAUAUGAGUUCUCCUUUCUAACAUGGAAAUAUAACUCCAUUAAUUUUCAGCCCAAAAUAGUACAAGAGUCCAAAUGCAAUCAAUAAUAUUACUUAGACUAAAAGACCAUCAUCAUCAUAUACAACAGCGAACAAACAUGAAUAUAUGAUUCAAAAAUUUUUGGAAGACUCCUCAAGCAACAUUGAGAAUGUUUAUAUACCUUAAGAGUUUUCACACGAGUCUCCUAAAUCUCCUUCUCCCUAGAAAAACAACUUUUUGCUAAGAUCACCUAGUAAAUAACUUGACAAGGCAAAAAAAUACAUAAGUUAACUAUAGGGUUUUAAAUUGGAUCCCUAAUUUAAAGGUCCAAGUUAAGCAAGAUGUCUUGGUUGCAAUGUUUUUAAUGGGCCAGGGAAUAAUCAUGAUAAACUUGGAAGACUUGAAAAAGAUGGUGUUGUCAAUGUAUUAAAUAGAACAAUAGACUAAACUUGGGUUUAAGUGAAAAAUGCAAAUAUGAUAGGAUGGAUACUGGCUUCAAACAUAGACUUUAUUCCUGAUAGAAAUGUAUACAAAUCCUUUGACAAAUCUUAUGCUUAGAACAAGUAGAAAAAUGAAAUUACUACUUCAAUGUAAAACAUAAUGAUAAGGCAAGAACCUAAAUGGGGAUCUAAGGCACUAAUUCAACUUUUAGCUAAUACACCUUUAAAAGUUAAAGGAUGGGUCCCAACUGAGUAAUUAAAUAUAAAUUUGAGAAAUUCAUACAAAUCAGAAAAAAGAAAAACCUCUCAAACCAUUAGCGAUUAUUCGGAAACAACUUUUAUGAACAACUCCUUCUUCAAACCUUAGGGCGUUGAUUUUCUAGAUAGUAAUAUGAAUCAUUCCUUUACAAAUGAUGGAAAAAUGUCUGAUCAUAGCUAUUUCGGUGUGUAUGAUUCAAAGAAUGCUGCUGGACCAUAUGAUAAACACCAAAUAGACAAACUCAAAUCAAAGGAACUUAAAGAGUAGGCAAGCUAUAAACUUAUGGAAUUAAGAAUUCAAGCUUUAUGUGUAGACAAAUAGGAGAAGAGAAAGUAAGAGCUCUUGUGGAAAUUCGUCUAAAGAUUUGCAAAAUGGCCUCUAGUUAAAGGCUUCAAGCACUGGUAGUAUUAAACGUAAGUAGUCAAGCAAAGAUGGAAGGAGUUCAGACAUGAUGUUAGGUCUAAAUACUAUGAACCUAGAAAAUUAGUAACUGAAAAUAUUGCUAAAUUAAAACACAAUAUAAUUAUAUCUAACAAGGAGUCUUAAAUAGAGUACAAGUCAAGACAAAAAUUUGAAUAAGAUAUGAUUAAGAAAACUGAGAAUGAACUGUAAAUCAUGAAAAAUAUUAGAGUUGCCAGAAUGAAAGAAAGAUAAGAGUUCAAGAUAGCUGAAAAUAAAUAUUUGAGAGAAAAAUACAAGACAAUAAAAACUAAUAGACUUAGAAUAGAUUAAGUGUGA